UCCGUUGCUCUACCAGGAAGAACUCUUCUACGCUGCAGCCACUGAGGUUUUUGAGAGCUUCGAAGUGAAAAGGGUCCCAAUCUAUGGCUCUUCUACGGUGGCUAAUCUUUCUCUUGUUCCUGCUCCUACUCUGCUUUGCUUCCGAAUCGGUUAAAAAAGAAGAAGAAGAAGACGAAGAACCAGAACCAGAUCAAUCUGAAGACGAAGAGUUCUCGGAGGAAUUGUUGUUGAAACCAUUGCCCGAUCGCAAGGUUCUGGCUCACUUCCAUUUCCAAACCAGAGUUCCCCCCACUGAAAGCUAUGGCCGACACCACCAUCUCUUCCCAAAAGCCAUUUAUCAGCUGGUACAAAAAUUUCAAAUUCGUGAAAUGGAAUUGUCUUUUACACAAGGCCGCUGGAAUUAUGAACGCUGGGGUGGCUACGACCCCAUAUCAAGCAACAAUGCUAAGCCACCUGGAGUUGAGUUGUGGGCUGUCUUUGAUGUUCCCCAAAACCAGGUUGAUGCUUCAUGGAAAAAUCUUUCCCACACCCUCUCUGGCCUCUUUUGUGCAUCAAUCAACUUCCUAGAGUCUUCUACUGCGUAUUCUGCUCCUGAUUGGGGGUUUCGCCCAUUUUCAGGCAAGUUGAGGUAUGGCACUUUGCCCCGUGAGGCUGUUUGCACUGAGAACCUGACUCCCUGGUUGAAGUUGCUUCCUUGUCGUGACAAAGCUGGGCUGUCAACAUUAAUGGAUAGGCCAUCAAUAUAUAGAGGAUUUUAUCAUUCUCAGCGUCUGCAUUUGACCUCUUCUGAAUUUGAUUCAACAGGUUCGAACAUGGGGAUAGUGCUUCGACAAACACUUUCAAUUGUUCUUCAACCUAGCAGUCCAGGAAAUAGCAUUACAUAUUCUAGUAGCUCAAUGUUACAACCAAGUUGGUAUUUUAGCUCACUUUUUGGAAUGAAAGUCAGUGGAAAAUGUGUGCUGGCCAAGUCUAGUAAUGUGCACCUUCAGCUUGAAGGGGCUUUGCUCUCUAAGCUGAAAAAUCUACAAAACGACAAUGAGAGAUAUGAUGCUGAUAAGCAUGGCUUUGAAGGUUCAUGGAAUAAUCCAGGCUUUGAAUUAUCUGUUUCUCCAGACAGGGUGAUUAAAGAGUUGAAUAGCUUGCAUAGAGAGGGCCCAUCUAUUCUAUACCAGUUUUCAAUGGAGAACUACAAUAAUUCUAUGCCAUUUGAUUUGGGCUUUAGGUGGAAGUUACCAGUAGUUUGGUCAUGUCCUCAGGCGCCAUUACACGCUAGUAGGUUCUUAAUGGGAAGUGGGAAUGAAAGAGGUGCUAUUGCUAUCUUGUUAAAGCCUACCAAAUGGAUUGAGGGUUUCCAGUCUUCUGGCAUGAAUGGUGGCAGUUGUAACUUGCAGGUUAAUGUUUUCCAAAUUGUGCCUUGGUAUGUUAAGGUAUAUUAUCAUACAUUACGAGUGUAUUUUGAUGAGAAACCUCAAUCUGUAGCUGAUGUAAUAGAGAAGAUGCGGGUUUCACCUUCUGAAGACAAGGUGUCACCUGGAGUAAUGGAAAUGGUCCUCAAAUUACCAUGUGGUACAAAGUCAGCUGCAUUAACCCUGGAUUUUGAUAAGGGUUUUUUGCACAUAGAUGAAUAUCCUCCAGAUGCUAACCAGGGAUUUGACAUCCCGUCUGCUGUUGUAAGCUUUCCUGACUUCCAAGCAAGUAUGAAUUUUCUUGAAGAUGCCUCUUUAGGCAAAUCACCUAUGUUGUCUAAAUUGAAGGAGAGAAGUCCUGUCUUGUCUUACACAGAAGUAUUGCUCGUGCCCUUGACAACUCCUGAUUUUAGUAUGCCUUACAAUGUCAUCACCAUUACAUGCACCGUAUUUGCUUUAUAUUUUGGAUCGCUGCUGAAUGUAAUACGGAGACGCUUGAGUGAGGAAGAGAGAGUUUUGAAAAGCAAAGCUGCCAAUACAAAGGGUCGGUCUCCCUUGCUGCUCUCCAAGUUAUAUGCCAAAUUGAGAGGAAGACCAUUGGAACAGCCACAAUCGUCAUCUUCAUCGUCUGUAAUUAACUCCAAGCUGUUAAUUAAAGUAAUUUUGGUGGCUUGCUUAGCUGCUAUUUGGCAGUUUUAUUUUGGAUAGUUCACGAGCAAGCCAGGAAUGAACCCUCUUGUACAAUAUGUUCCGGCUUGUGCCCAGUUAUUUCUUGUAUCAUUUCUGAGUUACAAAUAUGGUAUAAGAUAGUCAAAAGAUUCUAUUAUCUUCUUAA